AAAAAAUGAUAUAGCUGGUUGCUAUACUUGCCAAACAAAAUCCCAUUAUUAGCAGUUAAAAAAAAAUAAAGAGAGGCGAAUUUGUAAAAACCCUACGCGAAUCUCUUAACUCGAACUACCAUUGACAACGCCACUGAGCUCCGUUACCGACGUCCGGAAGCCCACGGCCCAGCCCCCACAGAACCUGCCGCACAGCCGCAUCUAACCACCAAAUUUGCAGAGCGGAAAGAUGCCAAAAGUGAAAACAAAUCGAGUGAAAUAUCCUGAAGGAUGGGAGUUGAUUGAACCCACUCUCCAAGAGCUAGAAUCUAAGAUGAGAGAAGCUCAAUUGGAUUCUCAUGAUGGGAAGAGAAAGUGUGAAACUUUGUGGCCUAUUUUCAAAAUUGCCCACCAGAAGAGUCGAUAUAUAUAUGACCUUUACUAUAGAAGAAAUGAGAUUUCCAAGGAUUUGUAUGAGUUCUGCUUGGACCAAGGGUAUGCGGACAGAAAUUUAAUUGCUAAGUGGAAGAAGCCAGGAUAUGAGCGUUUGUGUUGCUUGCGCUGCAUACAACCACGAGACCAUAACUUUGGCACGACAUGCGUUUGCCGAGUGCCAAAGCAUCUUCGGGAGGAGAAAGUUGUGGAAUGUGUUCAUUGUGGAUGUGGAGGUUGUGCCAGCGGGGAUUGAUCUGCUUGCACCAAGAUGUCUAGCACUUUGUUGCAACUGAUAACUUCACCAAUGAAUUUGUUAUAUUGGUAAAUCACACUAUAAUUUUCAGGUUAUGUCUAUUAUGAAUUUAUCCAUUAAACGAUGUGUGUGUACUUUGAUAAUACCUUGUAAGGCUGUAACUAACAUCGUUCAACUCAUCGAAGCAAAUGGAAGUGUGAUUUGCACUCUGA